CACCUGCACCUGUCCGCAGUCACCACCUCCACACACACCAGCCGCCCAGGUCCCGCCGCGCCAACACUUCAUCCUGCAGGGUUCUCACUUAGAGGGAAUAAAGAAAUCUUCAACAUGGCGGAAGGCUGCUGUGCCUCGAUUAUUAAGAUUUUGCUCUUCAUCUUUAACUUCAUCUUCUGGGUGAUCGGCAUCGCCAUCCUGGCCAUCGGCAUCUGGCUGCGCGUGGACGGGAAGAUUUCCAAAGUUGUGGCCGGAGAGAUCGACCUGGGGUUCUUCUACACGGCGUGCUAUGUGCUGAUCGUGGCCGGCGCCUUCACCAUGGUGGUCGGCUUCCUGGGCUGCUGGGGCGCCGUCAAGGAGAACAGGCUCUUCCUGCUGCUGUUCGCCAUCUUGAUCGGACUGCUUGUGAUUUUGGAGUUCGUUGCCGGGAUCCUGGCAGUCGUCUACAGGAACGACCUGAACACAUGGGUGAACGACGCCGUUGAUAAGGCACUGAACGGUGAGCAGGUGAACGAUAAGGAUGCAGAUUUCCAGACAUUUGUUCGUGAACUUCAGGGAGAGUUUACCUGCUGUGGUCUGACCCAAACGAGUGACUGGGACAAUUCGUGUACCCAAGGACAGUGCGUGGCCUGCACUGGAAAUGACUGUGUGGCCGCCACAGGAUGCAGUCGGAAUGUACACAAGCCUUGUGUGGCCAAACUCAACCAGUUCCUUGCGGACAACAUCAUCAUCGUGGGAGGCGUUGGGCUCGCAUUCGCCUUUCUACAGAUCGUCGGGAUCGUGUUCGCCUGUAUCCUGCGGCGGAACCUGGACGAGUCCUCGUCCAACGUGGCCUAAAACUUCUGCAGCUCUGAAACACUGAGUAGUCACGUAAACCAUGAUCUCACCAUGUUCGCAUCUGUAGUUCAUCUUUUAUAAACAGCAUUGAAGUCACUAGUAAUGGAUCAAUUCCUGAGAAUUCUAUAUCGUGGACAGCUUUACUGCAAUUUUGUGCUUUGAAUUACAGUUUUGCAUUAGAAUUGACCCAUGUAAGAAGGGCAACUUACAAACUUACUUUCUUUGAAGAAAAUGUGAUGUAUUGAAUACGUAUGAAAAUGAAUUAACGACCGAUAGAUGCCUGUUUGUAUACUUCUAUGAUUCUGCCUAUAUGUUUGUCAG